CGAGUUCCGCGCGCAUAGCCCACCCUCUGCCCUCCCCUCGGUCCCGCCCGUCUCCCGAGCAACAUGCUUUGCUCAGCGCACUGCGUCUGCGCGGGAGUUCACUCCGCGUCUGCGCUCUCUCACACAGCAUGGAUUCUGACCGGCCUGCUCUUCCCGGCUCGCCCUAUAAGGUGGAAGACGAGAAUCUAGCAGUUAGUCAGCAGCCCAGGCCCUCGGUCACAUGGAACCUAGGCUCUCCCAGUGCCUAUGCGGCCGCUGCCCAGGUGACCACCAGUUCUGGCACCAGCCCGGUCUCGGCCUUCUUCUGGCGCAGUAGGCUGGGCAGCCACCCGGAGAUUCACCUGGGGUCCCAGCCAAAGAUCUGCUUCCUGCGGCCGCGGACUGCGCGGCCGCCUGUGCUUUUCAGCUUAAUGAAUUCCAGUGAAGCAGCGGUGAAAAAAUUUUUACCCAAGAGCCACUUAUCUCGGGUGAUUAUUCGUGACAACCUCAGUGCACAACGAAUCUAUGAGAUGGAGAUAAGAGCUUCUGACAAGACCAAGAAAAAGAUGGGCCACUUGUAUGACCACUUGAAAAAAAAAUUCAUGACUGACCAGCUCAGAAAGCUGGGGCGCUGGAGACGGGAAUCCAUGAAUAUUCGGCAGUACCUGGAUAGCAUCCGGAUGUACAAGGUCGAGUUAAAAACCCAGCUGAAGAAGAGCAGACGGCCACCCUAGUCAAGAAAGAGUGACCCACCUCAAGGCCAUGACAGCACAGGGCUGACAGGAGAAGAGCUGGGAAGCAGCCAGUCUACACCAUCAUAGAAAAGCAAUAAACCAAGACCAGUGGACAGUGGAGCACAAAACCCCUCAACAAUUC